ACCGUCAUUCAAUUUCCGCACUUCUUCAUCUCUCUUUCAAAUUUUCGUUCUUGGUUCUUACCUGUUCACUUCUCUGAGCUUGAACAUCCUCACACCACACCACCUCCAAACUCCAACAUGAGUGAGAGAAAGGGCAUCGACGGGCGCGAAGUCCCCGGAGCAGAACUGAUGCCAACCGCCAACGGCAAUUACGGGAAGCGCAAGAAGAAGCGAGGCAGGAGGGGUCGUCGAGGGGCCAACAAUGAAGAGGGAGCAGUUCAGAACGGAGACGCUGAGGUGAACGGCCACGAUGAUGGAGAAGUCAACGACGAUGAAGAUCUAGCGGAAGAUGUCAAGCCUGGCGGUGUCGAUCUGCUCACUUCCGAGACGGCCAAACUCACGCUCAACGGUCUCGAGCACGCAUCUGAAGCGCCGUCCUCUCCUUCACUGCCGGUCUCAGUCCCAGCCGAAGCUGCAACGACCCUCACAACAAACGGCGCAGCGAGCACCUCAAGCGACCACGAAUAUGGCUGGGCCGACAACACCGACACAGCAGCAGCACCCAAACCCUCGACCUCAACCUCACAAUACCGCAGCGCAACCGAAUGGGGCCCCGACCCCUCCACCUCCGACUCAAUCGUAGGCGACAUCUACCUCCGCACCGCCCCCGACGGAACCCAAACCCCCAACCUACACAUCUGCACCAAACACCAAAACGUGGCCAACUGGUUCUACGCCCAAACCACCCAGCCCUAUCGCAACCUCAGCGCGCAAACCCGGCAGCUCGCAAUCCACCACCUAACGAUGCAACGCUACCCCGAACUCACCCUUCCCGGAGCAGUAGUCGACGACAACAAAAUCCACAAGCAAGAAGACUGGCCUCGCACGCUGCGCCUCCUCGUCUGGCGCGCCGUCAUCCGCGCAAACUUCUUCUGGGUGAAUCCCGCCACGAACCGCGCCGCGAAGCCCAAACCCAUCGUGCGCCCCACCGGCGCCUACGAAAACCACUUCGAAGCCUUCGUCGAGUGCGCUGCGGACCGCCUCGAUCGCAUCCGCCGCGAUAUCCCUGAUGCAGAAUAUGUGGCGGGCGUGGAGACCGAGGUGCGGAAUUUUUUGCGCAAGGUGCAGGGGAUGGAGGGGGGGAGGUUGUUGGCGCAUUUGGCGUUUUUGCUGCUGUUUGAGGAGGAGCAGAGGAAGGGGGCGUUGACGGCGGGGGAUAUGCAGGAGAGGAUUCGACGGGCGUUUGGGGUGGGGUUUUUGGAGGGGGAGGAGGGGGUGGUGUUUAUGAAGGGGGAACGCGGGCCGAUUAAGAGGGAUGGGAGCGUGAGUACUGUUGUGGCGGCGGAUGCGAUUUGGCGGGAGGCGAUGGCGGCGCAGUUGUGAGUUUCAGACGAGCUUCGAGUGAUUACGAGGGUGGUGGUCGACAGAUCAACGCGGUGGAUAGGAUGAGAAUGCUAGAUGAAGUGCUUUUUGACUUGUGCUGAUCGCACAAUCUUCUAUUCAAUUCUCGCGCGCAU